AUGGAUGAGAGUCCGCUCAAAUUCAUAUAUAAGCCGAGCUAUGAAAGGCUAAAAGAACUGAUGGAGGAGUGCUUCAAAAAAGCCGAUGAUGAAAUACAGGAAAUGGCGGACAACGUCACACACUGUCCCCGUAUAUUCGACGGGUUCCAGUGCUGGAAGGAGACUCCCGCCGGGACCACGGUCACACAGAAGUGCCCGGACCAUGUGGUGGGCUUUGACGGUUCCAGAGAUGGCCAUAAGAUCUGCCUUGACAAUGGGACCUGGUGGGAGCAUCCUGUGGGGAAGAAGGCGUGGACAAACUACACAAAUUGCGUCAACUAUGAGGAUAUGGGGUUCCGCGAAAUGGUCAACAACCUAUACAUCAGCGGGUAUGCGCUGUCCACAUUGGCUUUGAUGCUGGCACUAUUGAUCUUCUUCAUAUUUCGGCGGACUCUAAACUGUACACGUAUCAGCUUACACACGAACCUCUUCUCUUCGGUUGUCCUCACGAACAUUUUGUGGACCGUCUGGUAUAUGGCUGUCAUCAACAAUGUGGAUGUGCUCUUCGAAAACCCGAUCUGGUGUCAGGCGCUGCACGUGAUUACGUACUAUUUGAUGGUUACUGGCUAUAUGUGGAUGUUCUGUGAAGGGUUGCAUCUUCACUUAUCAUUGGUUUGCGUAUUUAUGAAGAACAGUCUACCGAUGGUGUGUUUCCGAUUCAUUGGUUGGGUCUUGCCGGCGAUCAUCAUGACGGCUUAUGCGAGUGUGCGCGUCUACGUGGAGCACAAAACGCACCACUGCUGGACGGAUUCGAGCCACGCCUUCUGGUUUGUGUCGAUCCCGGUGCUUGCCUCCCUGGUGCUUUCGCUGAUGUUUCUGGUGAACGUGGUAUGCGUGCUGUACUUCAAGAUUCGGGAAACGCCGCAGCAGAGUACCUUCCGUGCGCUGAUCAAGGCUGCUAAGGCUGCGCUGAUUUUGAUCCCGCUGUUUGGGCUGCACUUCAUCCUGAUCCCGAUGCACCCGUCCCAGCAGACCGCGAUUGAGCAGCCCUACCAGAUCUUAGCGUCGAUCAUCACGAGCCUCCAGGGUGUCUGCCUGUCGACGAUUUUCUGCUUCACGAAUCAGGACGUGAUCAAGGCGUUCCGCCUGUUGUUGGACCGCCGCCGCCAGCGCCGCGAGAUCUUCGCCAUGACGGCUAUUAGUGGAGGAAGCUCGGAGAGGCACCGCCACCACGAAGUCGAGGUCGUUUAA